AUGUUUGCCCGUCUGAAGUCCAAGAUCCGAGGAAAGACGAUCAAGCGGUUGCUCUCCACGAGCUGCGCUAUCUCUUUCUGCCUCUACGGCUAUGAUGCGGGUGUCCUUGGUGGCAUCCAGGAGACCGAACCUUUCCUGCAUGCCAUGGGUUACCCGACCGGAACCUAUGUCAUUCCAAUGAUUGCCUCAGCUUACACUCUUGCCGCUACCGUUUGCUCGCUUGCAGUAACGGUUAUUGGCAUGCCUCUCGGUCGACGCAACUGUAUCCUCCUGGGUAAUCUCUUUGUUGUUAUUGGUGGUAGUCUCCAGGCCUCAGCAUGGUCCGUUCCUCACAUGAUCGUUGGUCGUAUCCUUUGUGGUAUUGGAAUUGGUUUCAUUUCCUGCUCUAUCCCUACAUACCAAGCUGAAAUGAGCACCCAUCACGAAGAACGCGGGCCUGAUGUUGCUGUCACCUGCAUUUUCUUGGUUUCAGGUGCCGCUAUCGCGUAUUGGGUCGACUUUGGGUUCACUCGCAUGGACAACCAAAUCUCCUGGCGCUUCCCAGUUGCUCUGCAGGUUCUAUUCGCCGUUUGCGCCGGCAGCAUCGUUCUUCUGCUUCCAGAUACUCCCCGAUGGUACUACGCAAAGGGUUAUGAGGCGGAAGGUGACAAGACCUUGUGUCAAAUCUUUGACGCCGAGGUCCACGAUGAAAGGGUCCAGAACAUGAAGAGCUCUAUUCUGACCAGCAUCGCCUUCGAGUCUGAGAGCGAUAAGGGAUUCAACCUUCUGGAUCUUAUCUGGGAUCGUAGCGAUCUUCGAGUCGGACGUCGCAUUCGAAUUUCUUUUCUUAUUCUAGCCAUCCAGCAGAUGAUGGGCAUCAAUCUUUCCGUUUACUACAGCACAGUCAUCUUUGCUCAAAUCGGUCUGUCACCCUUCAUGGCUCAGCUCCUGGCUGCAAUAAUGAAUACUGCCUUUGCACUCGGAACGGUUCCACUCGUUUGGACUGUCGAGAAGUUUGGUCGACGUAGUAUUCUCAUGUGGUCCGCAGUUGUUUUGACAAUCUGCAUGGUGAUUUUCGUUGCAAUGAUUGGCAUUUCUAACCCUACCCUCGCCACUCAAUGGACAGCGGUUGGCGCCAUCUUUGUCUAUAAUACAGUAUUCGGCUACGGAUGGAUCGGAAUCUGUUGGCUUUACGGUCCGGAGAUUGCGCCUCUCAAGCUUCGGCAUGCUGGUGCCGCCGCCGGAGCCUUUGGCGAGUGGCUCUUUUCUUUCAUCACCGUAUUUGCUGGUGGUAUCGCACUUCAGAAUGUCGGUUGGAAGAUAUGGAUUUGGAUGGCCUUGUCUUGCUUUGUGGCAAUCUUUUUCGUUUAUUUCAUGUGUCCCGAGACUACUGGAAAGACCUUGGAGGAGAUCGAUGUGCUCUUUGCCAGAGAAGAUGUCAAGCAUACCAUCUUGGCGGAACGGUUGGUCAUGCAAAGCAAUGCCGCGGCAGAGAAGGGGGAAGUUACAUCGCUGCAUGUCGAGAAAUCCUAA